AUGUUGACAAAUUUCCGCGCCAUACAUGAACCUCAAAAGCGAUUUACUUACCGUAAAAUGUUUGUAAAAGAUUUUAAACGAGACUUUUACGAUGCAGUUCAACAUCAGCGAGUAUUGAUUUUAGUAUCGUUUGAUGUUGAUGCUCUUUGUGCUUGUAAAAUAUUACAGUAUUUAUUUCAAUGUGAUCAGAUUCUGUAUACAAUUAUACCAGUCACAGGCAAGGCAGAAUUAGAACGAGCUUUUGUAGAAAAUUCAGAAGGGAUUAAACAUGUGGUAUUAAUAAACUGUGGGGCAUCAUUAGAUAUCAUAGAAGUUUUACAACCAGAAGAAUAUAUUAAAUUCUACAUCUGUGAUAGUCAUCGACCUGUAGAUAUACAUAAUGUAUAUAAUGCUGUUCAAGUGAAACUGUUGAUGAAACAAGAAGAAUUAACAGAUGUACCAGAAUAUGAUAUCGUCUUCCGAGAUGAGGACUCUGAUGAUGAUUCAGGUAACGAGAGUGAUACGUCAGAAAGAUCGGGUAAACGACGAAGAUUUGAUGACGAGGCUCUAGAGAGGAGACGUGAAAAAAGAUUAUGGUUAGAAAACAGAAAUAAAGUUUUAUUUGAUUAUGACAAGUUCACAUCAUUUGGAACCUCGUCCUCUUUAAUUAUGUUUGAGUUGGCAUGGAAGAUGUCGAAAGAUACCAACGAUCUUCUCUGGUUGGGUAUUAUUGGUGUAACAGAUCAGUAUAUACAUUAUAAAACACCAAGAGAUAAAUAUAUGGAAGAUGUUAUGUCAUUACAGUCACAUGUAUCAAGACAUAAUCACAGAGGUGAGGAUGAGGAGAAUAUAAUAUCUAUCAACUGUUUACGUAUUUUAUUUGAUGAUGAACUACAAUUAUCACUAUAUCGUCACUGGUCUCUAUUCGAGAGUUUAUGUCACUCCGUCACUACAGCCUGUAAAUUUAAAGUCUGGACUCUGAAGGGACAGAAGAGAUUGUAUGAGUUUUUAGCUGAAAUGGGGUUACCAUUAAUACAGUGUAAACAGAAAUACUCUGCCAUGGAUACAAGUUUAAAAGGAAAUGUUAAAACAUUGAUACAGGAACACAUGGCAAAAUAUGGUUUGAGUAUACAGGAUGUUGUAUUACCAUCGUUCUAUGCUCAGUAUGGUUUUAAGAGUAAAUUAUCAGCAACAGAUGUUGUCUAUGCUACAGCCUCUAUAUUGGAAGCUAUUGAGAAAGGUAAAUCAUCGAAUGAUAAUUUUCUUAAUGCUUUAGAUGUGUUAAAUAGAGUGAAUGUACCAAUAAUGGAAAAGGCGUUAGAGAAUGCCAAGAAACAACUGAUUGCCGUGGUGAACCAGGUACGAACAUUCCUAGACAUGCAUCAAGUAAUAUCUGCUGGACCGUUUCUCUAUGCCUUCAUACAAGAGGGUAUUGGUGAUGUAAAGUAUUUUUCUAAACCACAAUGUUUAACACGAUUAGCCAGGUUUACUCUUGAAGCUCAUUGUUCUGUGAGUCGAAGUAAAAGAGCGAAAUCAUUGCCAUUGGUUCUUGGAGCUCCGUUAGAUAUUGAACAAGGUACAACUCUAGUUAUUGGUAUUCCACCUCUAGAACUUGAUGAUGAGAGAAAAAAUUUUUUUGGUAAAGCGUUUGAACAAGCAGCUGCCAGCACCAACUCUAGAACUUUACAGGAUAAUUUUGAUUCUCACAUGAUGGAGAUGAAGACAGAAGAUCGAAGUAAAUUUUUUGACGCCUUAAUCAGUUUAUUACAGUAGACAUUUGUUAUCAGUUUUAAUUUAAAUCCUCUAUGGUUGGUCACUCUCAUGUUGUUAACAAAUAUUACCAUGUCUCUCUCUCAAAUCAGUAGGACUUUAAACUCCAUUUCAUUUUAUUUCUCUCUCAAAUCAUCUCUGAUCUCUCUCAGACUUCAUAAAAAUAUUACCAAAAUCAACAUUAUUAAAAUCUUGUUAAAUGUCAUUUUUUUUAUCAUAUUUCAUUUCAUCUUUUCCUGAUGAGGUUCACUGACCAGAUUUACUUUUAUUUUGUACGCACGGUUUUCACUGUGAUCUAACCUGGUAAACUAUUCUAAUAUAAGCGUGAUGUUUCUUCUGCUUUUCGGAAUAUUGUAGUUGGUAAGGGAUUCGACAAACCUGAAUUGCCGAUGAGAGACAAUAAUAGAAGACAAUUACUAUAUUUAGCAUUUUGAAAAAUAUAAAAAAGAUAAAAGAUUUAGACUACUGAUAGCAGACAUAGACAUUGGUAGAUAUUUAUAUUUAGAGUAGUGUGUUAGAUAUAUGAGCACAUGGCUACAGGUUAGAUCCUGACCCUUGAGUUUUAUAAUUACACACCUUAAUUCUAUAUUCAUUUAUUUAGAUAUUUAUAUUUUACAGUAGGACACGUCUAGUGGGCAUGCCUGGACAAAAGGCACCUGUCUUAGACUUUAAGUACAAAUUAUCCCACAAUGUAUACAUUCCUGGACAUAAGAUACCUGUUACAGACAUUAUUAAGUACGUAUUAUCACACAACCUUAAUAUUAUAAUAUAUACAUACGCUAUGUGAUAAUUUGUGUCUGACAAAGUCUGUGACUGGUGCCUUAUGUCUAGGCUUGCUGGUGGGUCAGUUAGAUUCGAUCCUGUCCCUUGAGUUCUAUAAUCUUUGUUCAUUUAAUUAGGCUAUCAAUGAAAAUAUAGAUUAACUUAUUAAUUAGAGAUUUAUAUAAAGUGCUAUAUUUGUAUAUAGGGGAGUGGUGGUCGUGGGUAUAGGGCUUUAGUACAAUAUGAACGGGUGUGUUAUUCAGUUAAAUAAAAUUAAUAUUAAAAGAUGACUGAGUAGAAUUUAAGAAUAUAAAGAGUUUUAUUGUCAGUUGAAUAAGGUUUAUAUAAUUGGGAGGGAUGGGUUGGUAAUCAGUGGAUAUCUAUUGUAGUUUGUUUUUGAAUACUUUAAUUUCAAAUUC